AUGGCCGAACGCCUCAACAAGCUCUCCCACGACCUGACCUCUCACGUCUCGUCCGCGGUGCACGGCGUCCACGGCGCCGGCGAAACCCUCCGCGGCACAGUCAACAGCUCCAUCGACGGUAUCGUCCCCAACCACGAGUCUCGCGAGGGCGGUGGACGCGCACGCAACGAUGCCGUUGCGCAAAAGGGUCUGGACGAGCUGCACGGCGCCGAGCGGCAUUUCGGACAGCGCGAAGCCGGAGGAGGGGCAGGGUUCACGCACGGCGCGGAGCAUGGUGGAGAGCAUAAUCAUCGGAAUCAUGCGGCGGCGCAGGGCGGGCAGGGGAAGUGGUUGAGUCAGGGGGGCGUGAGGGCGGAUGAGCGGACGGGGUAUGGUGGGGCCGUGGCGCAUGAGGAGGGUCGGGGUGGUGCGGGAACGGCGCACGAUGGGUCUGCGAAUGUUGGGCUUGGGGCCGCGAGGCAGGCGUGGGGCGGUGGUGGUGAGCAGCAGCACCAGCAGCACCAGCAGGGACAGGUCCAGCCGGCGGUGAGUGACGAGACGAGGACCCAGAGUAGGCCUCUACAGGCGGGUGCGCAUGCUGGGGCGCCGGGCAGCACGCAGCCCAAUGCGCUUCGGGCCCAGGCUCUGGAUGCUAGUGAGCAGGAGAAUCCGAGAAGGGAGGGCUUUUAUUGA